UGCCUGAGGUGUGGCACGUACUGACAGAGAGACACAGCGGAUAGAAAGAGAAUUUGAGACAGUGCUCAACGGACAACAUGGCUUGGGCGAUGUUUCUCCUUGUCGGCACCGUUCUCGGGGCUACCUCUACCGUCACUGCGCAACAGACAAACGACACAGGUAACAUCGGUUCCAGAGCUCUUGUUGUCGGCGUAAUGCAGUACCCCGGCUUCCUGUAUAAGAAAGAGGAUGGCACGUACGAGGGGGUUCACAAGGACCUCUUGACGGAGCUGAUGGACAUCAUCGGGUACGACUUCGUUAUCAAGGAGCCGGCUGACAGGAAGUACGGCUACAAGGGUGCCGAUGGGAACUGGGUUGGAAUGGUCGGCGAGAUCAUCAGAGGGGACAUGGACAUGGCUCUUGGGCUGACCAUCGCCUCCGUGAGGGAAACGGUCAUCGACUUCAGUAACGUCGUGUUGGACGAACGUCUGGAGAUAAUGGUCAAGAAACCUGGAGGAGAGAUCGUAGGCAGGGAAUGGUGGAGAGCCGUCAUUACUAUGCCUGUAUGGUUUAUGGUCAUGGCGUCGUUUCUCAUCACCGGCAUCGUCCUGUUCGUCAUCAUUCGGGUCAGUCCGUACGAGAGUCGGGCGUACUCGGCAGAGGUCGGCGAGGCGAGCCGACUGUCGACCUUCGGGCACAGCCUGUGGAUCUGCUUCAGCGCGAUGAGCUGGCAGGGGGUGGACUACUCGCCCCGCUCCUUCUCCGGACGGUUUCUCGUCGUCUUCUGGUUCAACUUCAUCGUCUGGACGCUCAUCCUGUGCACGGGCGCCAUCGUGGGCAUCUUUAUCUCCGGCCCGGCCGCUUCCCCCAUGGUCCCCGUCCAGUCGUUCGAAGAUCUGGCGGAAAACGACGAGAUCCGUCCGGCCCUUUUCGGCGGUGGAAUAACCGAGUACAUGUUCAAGACCUCUCCCUUCGUACCGUACAACCGUAUCCAUCAGAAGGCGCUCUUGGUGAAUUCUACGAUAGAGGGGGUAAGGCUCGCCCGCGAGGGUAAGGUCGCCUUCAUCACGGAGUCGGCGAUGACCCGAUUCUACAGCAGCAAGAAGCCGUGCGAUCUGCUGUCCAUCCACGACGGCAACAGGUUCACGGCAAGGCCCCAGGCCGUCGGACUACGGCCGGGCUCCCCGCUCAAGGAGCCGCUCAACAACGCCAUCUUGCAGCUGAGGGAAGGCGGCAGGCUGUUCACUCUCGUCCAGAAAUGGAUUGUAAGUGUGGUGGGACUUUUCCCUGUAUCCCAGUUAUGCUUAGGUCACAAUAGAAAAACCAAAUGGGCUGCCAUGGGCUGGUGUGUAUUGGCAUUUUCGGGCGUGUCCCCUACGUGGUCUCUUGGGUCUGCGGCUACCGGGCUAUAUUUGGACCCUGCCGGGCCCCGUUAA